AUGGCUAACAAAGAUAGGCGAUUUUGUGUUUCAUGGUAUAAUGAGCAUCCUAGUUGGUUGGAAUACAGUAUAGAAAAAGAUGCUGUAUUUUGCUUUUACUGUUAUCUUUUCAGCUCAAGUGGUGGUUCAUUUGUUAAUGGUGGAUUCUCAAAUUGGAAAAGGAAAGAGAUUAUCAGAAAACAUGUUGGGGCAUCAAAUAGUGCACACAAUCAUGCUCGGGUCCUGUAUGAAUCAUUUAAGAAUCAAGAACAAAGCAUUCAAUCUUGUCUGUUUAAGCAAUCGCUUCAAACUCGAACAGAGUAUCGAAUUCGCUUGAAUGCUUCAAUUGAUUGUGUUCGAUUUCUUCUACGACAAGGGUUGGCCUUUCGUGGACAUGAUGAAUCUGACGAUUCAAACAAUCAAGGGAACUUUCUUGAACUAUUACAUUGGUUGUGUGAUCACAAUACUGAGAUUAAGGCUGUUGCUUUGACGAAUGCACCUGAAAAUCUCAAAUUAACAUCACCUAGAGUUCAAAAAGAUAUUGUGAGUGCUAUUGCUUCUGAAAUUCUAAACGUGAUUAUUAAAGAUAUGGGUAAUGGCUUGUUUUCUAUUUUAGUUGAUGAAUCUCGAGACAUUUCGGUUAAGGAGCAAAUGUCAGUUGUCAUUCGGUAUGUGAAGAAUGGGCGUGUAUUGGAACAUUUUAUCGGUGUUAUACAUGUUUCGAGUACCACAGCUGUCUCACUUAAGGCUGGUAUUGAUCAAUUAUUUUCCACACAUAGUUUAAGUAUAUCUAAUUUGAGAGGUCAGGGAUACGAUGGAGCUAGCAAUAUGAGAGGUGAGUAUAAUGGUCUCAAAACACUUAUUUUGAAAGAAAAUUCAAGUGCUUACUACAUUCACUGCUUUGCUCAUCAACUUCAACUUGCUCUUGUAGCUGUGGCACAGAAACAUCCAAAGAUUGAAACUUUUUUUACUUCAGUACACAGAUUGGUUAAUGUUGUAGGAGGAUCAGCUAAACGAAAUGAUCUUAUUCGAGAGAAACAAAGACUGAAUAUUCUUGAAUCACUUAAUGUUGGUGAAAUAUCAAGUGGACGGGGUCUCAAUCAAGAAACUACUCUUAAGCGUUCUGGUGAUACACGUUGGGGAUCUCACUACAGUUGCUUAAUUAACCUGAUUCUCAUGUUCUCAACCAUAGUUGAUAUUGUUGAGAUGAUUGCUACUGACACUACAAGUUCUGGAACAAGAGGUGAUGCGUGUAUUUUAUUGGAAUUGAUGUUAAAAUUUGAAUUUGUUUUUAAUCUACAUCUCAUGAGAAAGAUCUUGGGAAUUUCAAAUGAAUUGUCGAAAGCAUUACAAAGAAAAGAUCAAGAUAUUAUCAAUGCUAUGAGAUUGGUGCAAUUAUGUAAAGCACAGCUCCAAACCAUGAGAGAUGAUGGAUGGGAUUCUUUUUUUGGAAUGGUUUGUUCGUUUUGUGAAGCUCAUGAGAUAAAUGUUCCCAAUAUGGAUGAUAUGUUCAUAACUCUAGGUCGUUCACGACGUGAUACGGUGACAAAUUUGCAUCAUUUUCGUGUGGAAAUGUUUUAUGCCAUCAUUGACAUGCAACUUCAAGAGCUGAAUGAUCGUUUUUCUGAGCUAAACAGUGACUUGCUCCUUUGUGUUGCGUGUUUAUGUCCAAAUAAUUCAUUUGCUGCUUUUGACAAGAACAAAGUGAUUCGACUAUGUCAGUAUUAUCCCGGAGAUUUUGAUGCGACAGCUAUUUUGGAACUCGAAGAUCAACUAGAUACAUAUAUUUUUGACAUGCGCAUUGACGAAGAUUUUAAAGAAUUAUAA